AUGUCUCAUUUUCUUGAACUUUUGUUUGAGGUUUGGGAACAAAUAUGCCUUGUGGAAACAAAGGCUUCAUUUUUUACUAGUAAUGAGACAAUGAAAACAGGACAAAAACAAACUGCCACCCCAAUUCUGGCAAAGAAGAAUAAAGAAAGAAAAUCUUCUCCUGGAAAGUCUCAUCAAGAAGUGAUAAGUCUCAACUUGAAAGAGCACAAAUCCUUAGCAAUCAUGAAUCACCCCUGUGCUCUAUUUAAAUGUGAGUUAUACAUAGCCCUUCGCAUUGUAUUUUGGCUUAAAUUGAUAAAAAAAAGUGCUCAUANUUCUAAUGACACUCCGGAUAAUGCUUGUUCGUUUCAAUAUUCAAGAGACUGCCAUGAUUCCCAUGGUGUGGAGGAUAUGUGUGUUUUUGGUGUUGUCAAAAAUUUCACUUCCCAACUCAUGCAUUACAAAGAGGGGACAUCUGAACAGCGAUAUAAUAUGACUGAGGCGUUGUUGUUCUUGUCACAUUUCAUUGGAGACAUUCAUCAGCCAAUGCACGUUGGAUUCACCACUGACGAAGGAGGAAACACGAUAUAACUACGCUAGUUCAGGCAUAAAUCUAAUAUGCACCAUGUGUGGGACACAGAACUUAUCCUCACUGCACUAGCAGACUAUUAUGAUAAGGAUGUGAGCCUCCUUCUCCAAGACAUUCAAAGGAACUACACAUAUGGAAUCUGGGUAGAUGAUAUUUCAUCUCGGAAACAUUGUAAUGAUAUCUCUCAGUGUGUAAACCAAGAAAACAAAGAGAGCAUAGAAAUUGUUUGUGAAUACGAAGGUGCUAAAUUUGGAACAACUCUGGCAGUUAACCCAUUUCACCAACCAUGUGCCGAAAUUUCUUCCAAUCAGUUUGAGGACUUCACUGUCUCUGUUGCCGAGAAGGAUGAUACCACAGAAUUAAAGGUUUCUUUGUCUUUGUUAUCGUGGCCAAAGUUGCCAAAGUUGCGUGCAACAAAAAAACCUGAAGAUGAUGCUACAUGA